CGGAUGUAUGUUAAGAGACCGGGUCUAUGUUCCAUAAGAAUACAGAACAAGGAUGAUAUGGCAGAGGAAAUAUAUGAAAAAACGGGGAUGCCGCCAGAAAAGCAGCACAUACAUACCACCAAACGAGGCCUGGUGCUUCUUUGGGAAAUAAAUGAUCAAAUUGGCACAAACAUGGAUGAAGACACUGGGAUUGAUGAACAUGAAGCAGAGAUCGCUAAAAUGACAGAUAUAUUUGAACGAUACAUCAGUGAUGAUACCUGUGAGUUUGGGAUUACUCUAAAAAAAGAACAUAUCAAGGAUAUAACGAAAAAUGUUCUGCAAAAUUGACUUUUAAACGGAAGAUGCACCUUUUUGUUAUAAACUGUACGAAUAGUUCAGCUUAACAUUUGCAGUUGAUGUAAAAAUAUGAUGCUUCUUAGUAUUUCAUCAUCAAUAUGCAUUUAUUCAUUGGUCUAGUGGUCACGUGUUAAUAAUCAGUAAAAUUAUCAUUUCUUUGCCAA